ACCAUAUUUGAUCUAUUUUAAACCCCCACAUACAAAACAAGAAGCAUCCGCGCUUCUACCUUACUUUGUCGUUUUCCUCAUUUUAUAUUUUCAUAACUCUCUCGCGCGCACGAGCUUCUUACCUGGAGAUCUCCACCCAGAAGCUACCUCUCCCUUUCUUCUUCACCCUUCUUCACCCUUUAAAUCCACUUCCCUCUUCCUCAAUCUCAUUCCCAUUCUCUCCCUUUCUCACACCCUCUCUCAAGUUCUUAUUUUUCCUCUCUCUUUCUGAUCUUCUCUGCUAGCUAGCUACUGCAAGCUUCAUACAUAGUAGGCUAAUCCACAAGAUGAAUGUGCAACAAAGAAAAACUCCUGCAAAUGAGCGUAAAAAGCCCAGAAUGCUGAAAGAUUUCCUCAGCGAAAGCUCAGAUUCAUGUCCUUCAGGUGCCGGAUUCAAAUCCUUUCCUACACAGCCAUUCAGUGGAGCUGGUACUACUUGCAGUCAUGAUCAGUGCCAUUCAAAUCCAAACAUGAAAACGAUGAAGUUACUCAGAAGCCGAUCAAAAGCUGCAUCAGCAGCCACAAUCUCAGCCGUCCAAGCCCUGAUUAACGCGUUUAAGAAAUACCCUCCGAUGUUCCAGUCGAGAAAGAAGUACUACUUGAGCAGCAACGAGGCCGGAAGGAGCACUAGCGAUAUCAAUGGAGCCAAAAUCAGGUUCAGAGUCAAAGACAUCGUACGGUGGUCAUCGUUCAAGGACUUGGUGGAGGAGAAAUCUAGGACCUUGGAUGUCGAUUCCUCACCCGAUGAUCAUCAUCAUCAUCAGCAGCAGCAGCAGUACUAUUACUACUGCACCACCACCAACAGUAGUAAUACGACCUGCAGUUCUUCCUCCAAUGGCUCCAGUUGGUGCGAAAGCGAUUUCACCUCCUCCGAGUAUUUACGGUCGUCGUCCAGCUGGCACGGUAAGUCAAAGGAGUGCGUUGAACACGAGGUCAAAGCUGGUAAAAAAUAUUUACCAUCUGUCGGUAGGGAUUGCCUGGAGGUGACAGCAGGGACAGAAUCUUACGCUGACAUGGAAGUGGGACCCAAGAUGGAUCAGUCGGAAUUGGAGGAGAAGGAACAGCAAAGCCCAGUUUCAGUGCUUGAUUUUCAAGAUGGGGAGAAUGAAGAGCCAUUCUCGGCUUUUACUCGAAGCCUUGCCUGUGUAGAGAGGACAAGACAAAACCUCAUGCAAAAGAUCCAGCGGUUUGAGAGUCUUGUUAAACCGGAGUCUUUCGACUUAGAGGAAUGGAUGUCAAUGGAAGAAAAUACCGAAUUCGGAGAAGUACACCAUGAUAAUAAUAAGGAUGAUGAAGAUGAGGAAGAAGAACCAAAUGAACUUGACAAGAAGGUGAGAGAGCUGGUGAAUCAUGUCAAAGUAGAUAUUGGCAAGGCCAAAGUGGAACAUGAACUGGUACUGUUGGAUUUCUUUCUUGAACAGUUGAGUACAAAGAAAUGUGAAACAAAGAAGGAUGUUGAUGAUGAGUUUGAAAGGGAGAUGGUGAGCAUGGCAAAAGCCUGGACGAGAGGGGAACAUAAUGGGUUAUAUGAAUGGGAGUUAGGGCAUAAGAGGGAGGCUUACGUUAGAGAGAUGGAUAGGAGAGAAAGGUGGAGCAAAUUCGAAGAGGAGCAACAGGAAGUGGCAUUGGAAAUUGAGACUCAGGUUUUGGGGUUCUUGGUGGAUGAGGUUUUUGUUGAUCUCUUCUUACGGUGAGAAUGUCUAUAAUCUAAUGGCCGCUGGCAUUUCUCAAACAUUGCGCCAAUCAGACGAUGCCAUAUCAAGAAAUGCUUAAAAAUAUGAUGGUUAUAAUGUGUAUAGGGAAUAAUACUUUUUCAGUGACAAAACAUCAUUAUUAAUCGAAUUCUUCUAUAUAUAAUCAUUUUUGUA